AUGGCUGCCAACAACAUGGUCAACCCCGCCGUGGACCCCAACAUCGAAGAUGACCUCUUCCAGAAGGAGGUUGAGCAAGUCAAGCAGUGGUGGAGCGAGCCGCGAUGGAGACACACCAAGCGGCCAUUCACUGCUGAGCAGAUCGUUUCCAAAAGAGGUCACCUGAAGAUUGAAUACCCGAGUAACGCGCAGUCCAAGAAGCUUUACGAUAUCCUCGAGAAGCGCUUCAAGAACAAGGACGCCAGCUACACCUACGGGUGUCUGGAGCCCACCAUGGUCACCCAGAUGGCCAAGUACCUCGACACCGUCUACGUCUCCGGCUGGCAAUCGUCAUCAACAGCCUCCGCCUCGGACGAGCCCGGCCCGGAUCUGGCAGACUACCCCUACACCACUGUCCCCAACAAAGUCGCCCACCUUUUCAUGGCCCAGCUGUUCCACGACCGGAAACAGCGGCAAGAGCGCCUGAGCGUCCCGAAGGAGGCUCGGGCCAAGCUCGCCAACGUCGACUACCUCAGGCCCAUCAUUGCCGAUGCCGACACCGGCCACGGCGGCCUGACUGCCGUCAUGAAGCUGACCAAGCUCUUCAUCGAGAAGGGCGCUGCCGGCAUACACAUUGAGGACCAGGCCCCCGGCACCAAGAAGUGCGGUCACAUGGCCGGCAAGGUCCUCGUCCCGAUCCAGGAGCAUAUCAACCGCCUCGUCGCCAUCCGCGCCCAGGCCGACAUCAUGGGCUCCAACCUCGUUGCCGUCGCCCGUACAGACGCCGAGGCCGCCACCCUCCUCAGCACCAACAUUGACCCACGUGACCACGCCUUCAUCCUCGGCUCCACGAAUCCCGGUCUCCGGCCCUUGAACGACCUCAUGAUCGCUGCUGAGAUGGCCGGCAAGAACGGCGAGCAGCUUCAGGCCAUCGAGGACGACUGGCUCAAGCAGGCCAACCUGAAGCGCUUUGAUGACGCCGUCGUCGACGCCAUCAAGGUUAGCCCCCAGCCCAACAAGGAUGGGCUGGUUCAGAAGUACCUUUCGGCUGCCAAGGGCAAGAGCAACACCGAGGCUCGCGCGAUUGCGAAGGGCAUCCUCGGUGCCGACGUCCACUUCGACUGGGACUCCCCGCGCACGCGUGAGGGUUACUACCGUCUUCAGGGCGGUUGCGAUUGCGCCAUCAACCGCGCCAUCGCCUACGCGCCUUACUGCGACGCCAUCUGGAUGGAGAGCAAGCUCCCCGACUACAAGCAGGCGCAGGAGUUUGCCAAAGGUGUCCACGCCGUUUGGCCUGAGCAAAAGCUCGCUUACAAUCUCUCGCCCUCCUUCAACUGGAAGACGGCGAUGCCUCGCGCGGAGCAGGAGACGUACAUCCGCCGCCUCGCGUCGCUCGGGUACUGCUGGCAGUUCAUCACCCUCGCAGGUCUGCAUACGACGGCACUCAUCAGCGACAAGUUCGCCAAGGCGUACAGCCAACAGGGCAUGCGGGCGUACGGCGAGCUCGUGCAAGAGCCCGAGAUGGACUCUGGCGUCGACGUCGUCAAGCACCAGAAAUGGAGCGGCGCAACAUACGUCGACGAGCUGCAAAAAAUGGUCACAGGCGGCAUCAGCAGUACCGCUGCCAUGGGCAAGGGCGUAACGGAGGACCAGUUUCACUAA